CCUUUCAUUGAGGUGGUGGCCCUUUAGAGAUGUUGCAGAGAAAUUAUAAAUAGAAUUUUUACAUGGCAGUGUCUCUAGCUAGAGACCUACUGCCUUCUCUCUUCACUCAGCACCGGCCUCCACGAGGGCGGGCCAGCACAAGGGCAUCAAGGACAAGUAAACCCGAAUUAAAACGCUGGAUGGGAGCAGGUCCCAGGAAUCCGAGCUCCUAGGCUCCUUAGCGCCGGAAGAGCCCCCGGCUCUGGCCACGAAGCACGUCGGGAGUUGUAGUCGUCACCCCUGUCGGAGGUGGGAGGAGCUUGUGGGGUUUGCGCAGGCGCACACCUCCCGCCCGGCAGCAUGGCGGAGCUAGCCCAUCCUCAGAGCAAGAGAAAGCGCGAACUGGACGCCGAGGAGACGGAGGCAUCCAGCACAGAGGGAGAGCAAGCGGGCGUUGGGAAUGGGACUUCUGCCCCUGUCCGCUUACCUUUCUCCGGCUUUAGGGUCAAAAAAGUGCUGAGGGAGUCUGCGCGGGACAAAAUCAUUUUCCUGCACGGGAAGGUGAAUGAGGCAUCUGGGGACGAGGAUGGGGAGGAUGCUGUUGUGAUCCUAGAGAAGACGCCAUUCCAGGUGGACCAGGUGGCCCAGCUCCUGAAGGGCAGUCCUGAGCUCCAGCUCCAGUUCUCCAAUGAUAUCUACAGCACCUAUCACCUGUUUCCUCCAAGGCAACUCAGUGACGUGAAGACAACCGUGGUUUACCCUGCUACAGAGAAGCACCUACAGAAGUAUCUGCGCCAGGACCUCCACCUGGUCCGAGAGACGGGCAGCAACUACAGGAACGUCACCUUGCCCCACCUGGAGUCCCAGAGCCUGAGCAUCCAGUGGGUGUACAACAUUCUCGACAAGAAGGCUGAAGCCGACCGGAUUGUUUUUGAGAACCCGGAUCCGUCCAACGGCUUUGUCCUGAUCCCCGACCUCAAGUGGAACCAACAGCAGCUCGAUGACCUGUACCUGAUCGCCAUCUGCCAUCGCCGGGGCAUCAAGUCGCUUCGGGACCUCACCCCAGAGCACCUGCCGCUGCUCAGGAACAUUCUCCGGGAGGGGCAGGAGGCCAUCCUGCGGCGCUACCAGGUGGCGGCGGACCGGCUCCGCGUGUAUCUGCACUACCUGCCCUCGUAUUACCACCUGCACGUGCACUUCACCGCCCUGGGCUUCGAGGCCCCGGGCGCCGGCGUGGAGCGCGCCCACCUGCUGGCGGAGGUGAUCGACAACCUGGAGCAGGACCCCGAGUACUACCAGCGUCGCACGCUCACCUUUGCACUCCGGGCUGACGACCCCCUCCUGGCGCUCCUGCAGGAGGCCCAGAGAAGCUGAGAAGAGACCACCAUCCUUGUUGGGGAUGGGGGCAGCAGGGUUUUUUUGCACCAAGUGAAUUUUUUUUUUUUAAUGUAUUUUGUACUGGCUUUUUCCCAGCAUGAGAAUAAAGUAUCGGUCUCAUUCAGUAUGGACCCACAGUGUGGCCUGGGGAGGUGGAGUGGGCACACCCUAGUGGGGUGAAGGGGGGUGGGCACGGCCAACCUGGAGGGCUCCUGCAGGUCCCCUCCUGGCUGACGUCACGUCCUGGGCCUCCCUGCUUUCACUCCUUGCUGUCCUGCUACCACCUUUCUCUUCCUUCUUCCCACUUAGUGUUUCUUCCUGAUGGUCCACAUGUCUGGGAGUCCCCUCCAGAAAAAACCACAUAUGAAACGUUUCUGGAAGUAGUCUAUAGUCUUUCUGACAGCGCUUCCUCUUUCCCUCCACCAUUAGCUCACAUUUCCCAUGUGUGAGCCGGUCCUGCUGGUAAACUCUUGUUGACAGGGCUGGAGGCUGGCCUGGAAGUGGAAGGCCUUAAUCAGAAUCAGGUGACGCAAGCCCAAGACUCCUGCCUUUGCUUCUGUUCCUUGGUCAGUGAGCCUGUGGCCUUGAGUUCGUUAUCUGGACAGGAAGGCAAAACACACUGCCACAGAGCGGAAGAUAAACCCAGUGUCCCAGCGGGGCACAGUGACCUAUGGUUGAAGUGAAAUCAGAAAGCCCUGAGUCACGGGUCAAGGUGUGACCGCUGUCCUAGGUCCCUGACCACAGAAUUGCCAGGCCAGGAAGGAACUUCAAAGCGCCCAAGGCUGAUAGCCUGUAGGAAGCCAUCAAGGGCGCAUCUGGCAAAGUGACGUCUCACUGCUCCAGCAGAGCGGCGACACGGGUGCAGACAUUGGUGACGUGUAGUUAAACCCACGAGGCCCUCUUCCCAGACGCAUCACGCUGGGGCCGCAUUUGCUCUUCGGUCAACGUGGGGCUAUGAGUUACCACAUCUUGCUUCCUCAGGACACACUACCAGGGGAGGUAGGAUGUGGGUCUUGCAGAGGGAAAGGAGGAUGAAAACAGAGGCAGAAGAGGCGGGGUGGCCCUUAUUCUGCAUACCCUGGACCGAGAACCAGGAGACCCGAUUCACAGCCAAGCUCCAUUCGCUUGUUCCUCACCUUGCUUAUUAAACACGUACUGCACCAAACCCAAGGCCUCCUGAGCCUGUUUCUUUGUCAAGGGGUGCAGGGAUGAGGAUCCACUACAGAGGGAUCUGCUGGUGAUCGUACACGCAGCAGGCCAGAGCGGCAUGGUUGCAAUGGAAUCCAAACCUUUGACUCACAUGCCUUUUGAGCCAAUGUCCUAAGGGCUGGGAACCCAGAGACGACUAUAAAGCAGCUCCCAGCCUCCCAGGCUAGGGGGCAGACAGACAGUCAGUCCUCAGCCCGAGGGAUGCAGAAUGAGAACCGUCUCCUCUGCCUUAGCUUUCCUCCUGCCUUCACGUAGCAGAACCCCACCCAGCUCCCCACCUCCGCUGAGACAGCAUCCUGAGCAGAAAGUCCUUAAGCCUCAGCACCGCUUGACUGAUGAGCCACCACCAGCCCUCUCUGACGGCAUGGGCGUCUGUCCCUGUGCGUUUAGCUGCGUGUCCUUGGUGAGUGUCUGCACUCCUGCAGCGGAGGUGAGUGUCACCUUCUCAUAAACUUCGGAAGCUCCCUACCGGCGCCAGGCCCCAGUCCUUGGCCGACUUUCUCCCUGGCUGGGUUGGGAGGGAGGAGAGCGAUUGGAGACGUGACUGCUUUUCCUCGGCUCCUCAGUUUGCCCAAAAGUUUCCUCACAGGGCAAAAUUGCUGAGUGUUCUAUAUUUGUCAACAUUCCUUCAUGAAACUGAGAAAAAUAACAUUUCAGGAAGAGUUGGACAGUUAGCUCCACGUUGCCUAGUUCUGUUGAACACACAUCCUGGGAGUGGAGAAACAAAUCAAGAAACAGUUGCGAACAAAGUAAUAUUUGAAAAUGUUUCUCUUGGGAUAUUUGUAUUUCCAAACGAGUUUAACGGAUCUGUUUUAUUUCUGAACAGGCUGAUGUGGGUCUUUUAACUCUUCCUUCUCAGAAAGGACUAAAUCUUUAUUCCAAACAUGUAUAUAGAACCCUAAAAGGACCUUUCUUCUUUAAGAAGAUGGUGAUAAUUAACAGUAGCUGUUUUCAGAAAAUCCUCACAUAGCAAAAUAAAUGUUGGCAACCCU